GAGCUCAUCUCCAACCUGCAUCUGCACCCCUUCCUGAGACCCCGAGUGGACAGAGAGAAAGCUGGGGGGAGAGAAGACAAGGUCGCGGAAACAGAAGCGGAAGUCAACACAGACGCCAGACGAGCGCGGACUGUUGCAGUGACGCUUCCCAGAACUACAGUCAGAAUGGCGGAUGAGGAGGACGAGCCUGGCUUCGAUGAGGAGGUGGAGGACGGGUCCAGCGGGGUGGACGUCGGACACGGCAAGAGAAAGAGGCUUUUCUCCAAGGAGCUCCGGUGCAUGAUGUACGGGUUUGGAGACGACCAGAACCCGUAUACAGAGUCUGUGGAUAUUCUUGAGGACCUGGUGAUCGAGUUUAUCACGGAAAUGACCCACAAAGCCAUGUCUAUCGGACGACAGGGUCGCGUGCAGGUGGAGGAUAUCGUGUUCCUGAUUCGUAAGGAUCCCAGGAAGUUCGCCAGAGUCAAGGACCUGCUGACCAUGAACGAGGAGCUGAAGAGAGCCCGGAAAGCUUUCGACGAAGCCAAUUAUGGCUCCUAACUUGGCCAUGAGACACUUUUUGGACCGUCAUCUAACUAGGUUUUUCAUUUCUUUUUGUAUCGUUCAUUUGCUGACCGGUGUUCCUGAGUUAGUUCAGACCCGACUGUUUAUGAUAUGUGAUUUACGUUAUUUCAUGUGAUGGUGUGAAAGUGAUGAGCAGAGACAGGGGUUUGUACCUGUCAUGCUAUCUGAGACUGUCUGAAUAAAGCAGUUUAUUGUCAUUUAUGUUAAUUUAAGUGCCAAAAGAGACCAUACAUUGGUUUGGGACAGUGACAUAUGGCUCAACAGUUCACAUCAUAGAUGUUUUUCUAUAGUCAACACACUAUCAAGUGCAUCAUUAAACCAUAGCUUUUGGAAUAACAUUAAAGAAAAAGUUUAACCCAAAA